AUGGCGAGUCAUCCACGCGCUACUUCCCCCUCCGCAUCUGAAUCCGAAUCCGGGGAAGAUGAUCGAGACAGCCCCAGGAAACGGAAGAGGCCGAUGAACGUCACUCCGCUUGCGGAAAAUAGUUGCGAGGCCUAUCGUAUCCAGCCUGCCUGUGGCUGGUGUACUCGUAACGAUCACCCAUGUGAAUACAGAGAACGCAAAAAGCCGGGCCUGAGAGCUGGCUAUGGUCGUGAACUCGAAGGACGGCUUGAUCGACUGGAGUCUCUUCUCUAUGAGCAAGGUCGUCAACUAGCCGCUCAUCUAGCAGAAGCAUGCACCAUCACCACCACAGGUACAGUCAACACGAACAUCUCAAGAACAUCUCAAGGUCAAGGUAUUACGCCCGAGACUCAACACCGAAACUCUUUCGAUCCCCAAACGGCCACUUUCGCUAGUGAUGCCGAUUAUUCUCAGCCGGUAGUUGAUCCCAAGUUGAAUUCAGCAACUUCUCGCCACGGAUCAUUGCAGUUUCAACCCGGCCAACAAGCACUCUCUGACCAAGCCAUUCCUCCGCCACAGAAUCAUUAUACUCCAUCUGUGCAUUCUCAUCCAAUCACUUCACCCCAUUCCACGAGCGCAUAUCAUGGAACACAGAUUUUCAAUGAGCAUGCUACUAUGCUGCCUCCUUAUGAUCUCUUGUACUCCCUCGUUGAUCUCUAUUUCAAACAUGUCAACAACUGGCUGCCCUUGUUGGACAGGAAAACAACCCUCGACACUCUCUUCGGGCCAUCAACGUUAGACGAAUCUGAUCGAGUCCUUUUGCAUGCCAUUGUGGCAACGACCCUCAGGUUUUCACAGGAUCCUCGACUGACACCCGAGAGCCGCCAACACUACCAUGACACAUCAAAACAGCGUGUUCAAUUAUUCGGUCUUGAGAAUUCCAAUGUCAGGGGACUUCAGGCACUAGUCAUUCUGGCGCUGGAUGUGACCGGAAGUACAAAUGGACCACCAGCGUGGAAUUUGCUGGCACUGAUUAGCAGAAGCAUGGUGCAGCUGGGCCUUGCCGUAGAAUCAAGUUCAAAUCUUGCUUCGCCGAUGUAUCCAUCGAUCGCGACCUUGAGGGCAUCAGUACUGCCAGACGCCAGAAGCUGGAUCGAAGACGAAGAAAGACGUCGACUCUUCUGGGCCGUCUACCUUCUUGAUCGAUAUGCCACCAUAGCGACAGCAUUCGAGUUCGCACUCGACGAGAAAGAGGUCGACCGGCGCUUGCCCUGUCGAGAUGACCUCUUUGCGGCGAACAAACCUGUCGAGACUCGAUGGUUUCGCCCUCCAGAACGGCCUCGUUACACCACUGGGAUGGCUGAUACCCAUGGUCAUUUUUCAUACCAUUGCGAGCUGAUGGCUAUUCUGGGACAGAUCCACCAGUUUCUGAAGCGGCCCGUUGACAUUGGAUCUCUUUCCGACGUAGAACAAUGGCAAGGCUCGUAUCGUGGCCUAGACAGCGACCUCAAUGCCUGGCAUUUCAGUCUGCCUGACGAGUUCGCUAACAUCACUCGGCUGCUCAAAUCGAACGUGCCUGCUAAAAAUACCAAUUGUGGCUGGAUCAUGCUCCAAGCAGCCUACUGUUUGACGGUCAUUCGGUUAAAUUCCUCCGCGGCAUACCCUAGCCAGACGUCGCCGAUUUUCUCCUCUUCCUACAGUGCUAUGCAACGUUGCCUAUCAGCAGUAGAGAACUUGAGACAGCUCUGCAGGUUUGUCAAGCUCAGUGGUCUACUUGACAAACUUGGCCCCCCCUUCGGUUUCGCUAUAUGGGUGGGUUCUCGUGUUAUGCUUGUUCAUGGAUCCACGAUGGAUCACGAAGUGGACCCUGACAUUGACUUUUUCGUCACGACUCUUGCCGAGAUGGGUGAAUAUUGGACGGUCGCGAAGAGGUAUAGCGAGAUUCUGAGCAGAGUUUUGGGAGAGUACCGACAGUCGCAGCGGGCGAGCGGCAUGACAGGGGAGAUGAUGACCCCGUCUAGUGUGAAGAUACUUGCCGACAUGCGCCGAUGUGCCUAUGACCUUGACUUCCUGAUCUCUCGUCAACCACAUGCUGCUGCGGUCAAGUCCUAUCACCCCACCCGGGCCAAUACGCCGGCUCAAAACGAACUCGAGUAUCUUGACGUAUUCGACCUAUUCAACUUUCCACGCUUGCCGAUGGGCCAGGAAGGCCUAGAACAAGGGAAUGGACAGGGGCUAGGUCCUACGGCGACCCCAGACCUUGGGGCGAUGAAUGUGUCAAUGAAUCCCAAUUUCGCGGUGCCCAAUCCCGAAGCCGAUUGGCUUUUCCGCACUGGCUAAGAAGUGCUUCUGCUUUUUCUGAUGAGGUCAAGUUGUGGUCUGAGGAAAGAAGUUUCCACGCCAGGAGGAUACGUUCCGAGUGUUAGGGUCGAUCGACCAAUUCUAUACCUCAUACGGUAAACACAUGGGCGUCAGAUUUCUCGUCUCGCAGCUUACAGCAUCGUGGUUACUUCGCAAUACUUUUUGCAGAGGAUGAUACUCGGG